AUGCGCCAACCCAAUCGUGCGAUCCAUCGUGAACGUCACACUACGCCGACUAUUGAUGACCUAAUUCAUGAUCUAAACGGUGCUACCGUUUUCUCUAAAAUUGAUUUGAACUCUGGUUACCACCAACUCGAACUCGCACCCGAAAGCCGCUAUAUCACAACGUUUUCCACGCACAGAGGACUUCGCCGCUACACCCGCUUAAAUUUUGGUACGUCAUCCGCCGCCGAAGUCUUUCAAGAUGCCAUCCAACAGGUUCUCAGUGGUAUCGAAGGUGCUCGUAAUGUUAGCGCGCAUUUUUGUGCGCGUCAUGCCGUUUUUGAACGUUUACGCUCUAAGAACCUUACGUUGAAUGCCAAAAAGUGCGAGUUCAACAAAUCCAGCAUCGAGUUCUUUGGGUAUAUAUUCUCCAGAAAUGGUUUCUCCCCAGACCCCAAGAAAGUCUCUGCUAUCAACAAUACCAGUCCCCAGUUUCCUCGGUAUGACCAACUACUGUUCCCGGUUUAUCCCCAAUUAUUCCACCAUCACUGAACCCCUCCGUACGCUUACCAAAUCCGACCAGCCCUGGACAAGGACAUCCCAGCAUCAACACGCCUUUGAUCAGCUGAAGCAUCUUCUCACCAGCGACACCGUUCUCUCCUACUUCAACCCCCACAACGCAGCCACCAUAAUUGUCGAGGUGAACGAGGUGAACGAUAAAACAAAACAAAUACAGACGAGAUUAUGUGAGAGUUUAUGCAUGUUUUUAUAGUUUCAAACUUUAAAUAAAUAUCAAAAAACAUUCGCGACAAUGUUGUUGCCUAUGCAAGUCGUUCUCUCACUCCCGUAGAACAACGGUAUUCCCAAACAGAACGAGAAGCCCUCGGUGUACUGUUUGCGUGUGAACAUUUUCAUCUUUACAUUAUACGGCGCGAAAUUCAACAUCAUCACAGAUCACAAACCUCUUGAACGCAUUUUUACCAAUCCCGCUGCUCGUUCCAAUGCCCGAUUAGAACGCUGGGCCUUCAAGCUUAAACUAUAUCACUUCACCAUUUCCUAUUCUCCUGGCAAAACCAACCCCGCUGAUUAUCUGUCCCGUCACAUUCUAGCUACAACCCACCCUUCCACUGCAUCCGACCAGGCUGAAGAAUAUAUCGCGUUCUUAGCAGAUCAUACCACCCCAAAAGCUAUGACCGUUUCUGAAGUGAAACAAUCCACCCGUGCCGAUCCCACUCUGCAAGCCGUCAUCGAAGCCCUCCGUAACAACACCUGGCACUCGACGUUUGAGACACCCAGUCCCCUUGUCAACUCCCAGGACCUCCACGCUCUUUACAAUAUCCGCGACGAACUGAGUGUUUCUGAUUAUCAUGAUCUCCUUCUUCGCUCUCACCGUCUCAUCCUCCUACAUGCCCUUCGUCAACGUGCUCUCCACAUCGCCCAUGAAGGUCACCAAGGCCUUACCAAAACCAAACAGCUGCUCCGCGAAAAUAUUUGGUUUCCUGGAAUCGAUGGGCUUACAAAAAAGCUAAUUGACACCUGUCUCGCCUGUCAGGCAACAGUCGUUCAACAGCCAUUUGAACCCCUACGCAUGACCGAGUUACCACAGGCCCCUUGGCAACAACUCUCUGUCGAUUUCUGUGGCCCUCUUCCCUCCGGCGAUAUGCUCUUCGUGGUAAUUGACGAAUACUCGCGCUAUUCCUAGGUUGAGAUUGUCCCGAAACUUGACCGCAUUUUAUCCGUGCAUGGCAUUCUUCCUGAAAUCAAGUCUGACAACGGACCUCCAUUUCAAAGUCACUCUUUCGCCCAGUUCGCGCAAUACAUGGGGUUUCACCACCGAAAGAUCACUCCGGAGUGGCCCAAAGCCAAUUCUGAACGUUUCAUGAGAACAAUUCAGAGAACACUCCGCGCUGCUCACCUCGAAAACAAGAAUUGGAAGCAAGAACUGUUUCUUUUCCUCCGAAACCACUAUGCGACACCACAUUCCACCACAGGAGUUUCCCCUGCCGAGCUCCUCUUUGUACGAAAAUUAACCGUCAAGUUACCUGAAGUAAUCCCCACGUCACCAUCACGAUCCCAAUUCGCCGAUAUCGAUCUCAAAAAGAAUGAAAAGAUGAAAGAGUAUGCUGAUACCACAGCCAAAGCAAAACCACACAGCUUUCAAGUUGGUGACACUGUUCUCGUUUGUCGAAAACGCGUCAAUAAACUAUCCUGA